GGAAGUUGUUCCUGGGGUUUUCAACGUGUGUACGGCGAGAGGCAGCUGCGUAUUAUCAUCAUGGGUAAAUCCAAACAGGUAGGAAACCACAACAAUGGAAAGAAGAAGAAUAUCGCCAAGACAUGGAAGACUAAGCGCAGGACAAAAGACCUUGACCAGAUUCAUGCUGACAUGAUCCCUACAAAUGCUGCCAAGUUAUUAAAGCAAGAUGUAGAUUAUGAUGUUACAGGCUGUGGCCAGCAUUACUGUCUGCACUGCGCGAGAUAUUUUGUUGACUUGAAAACCCUAAAGGAGCAUUUUAAGUCCAAACCCCACAAAAAACGAUUAAAGCAGCUGAGGGAAGAGCCUUACACACAGGCCGAAGCUGAGCGGGCAGCAGGAAUGGGCUCCUACAUCCCACCGAAAACCAUAGAGGUUCACACACAGCAGGUCGAGGAAGAUAUGGACUGAAAAAUUACUUUCUACCUUGUCUACCUCUUUAUGGACUCUUACUCUUCUGGUUUAAACCAUUAGGUCUGGACUGAGGCCAAUUUAACCUCUUUCUGAGCUGAUAUUAAUUUAUGGAGAUGGACAAUCUACAUGUAAAGUUCCUCAGCUGGCACAGUGUCAAUAAAGUGUUCACUGUUGUGUUUUUUUUUGCUUUCAGCAAGCAAACUUCAGCGACUGAAAACCUUACAAUGUUCAUUCUGAGCGUAUGUUGAAUAAUGAUCUAAAAUGAAAUCAUCAGUCCUUUAGUAUUCUCUCUCAAAUGUACUUGAGAAGUCAAGUCUCCACAUUUAUAGUAUGCUAAGGUCGUUUAGGUUUGACAUACACACUUGUACGUGUUUAACGUGCAUUUAAUUGUAUAGUAUAAAUGACUCAGCUAGCCAAAUAAAUGACUUGUUAAAAACCUA